UCUCUCUCUCCUCUCUCCCUCUCUUUCGCUUAGUUUGACGAUAGGUUGGUCUUAGGAGUGAUGUCACCCACUUCACUCCCGCAUGCACACAAAUUCCACUAGCAGUGCGUGUCUCGCAGUGCGCGCUGCCUCUUGUGCGUAACUGGCGACACAAGGCUUAAAACAAAAAACAUACAGCACUGCGCACGGGAAAGACCGAGAGAUAACAGAAACAAAAUGUUGCUAAUGCUCCUGGAACGUCACCCUAACAUGGAGACUUACUUAUCUGGUUUCCGGACUUUAUAGUGGCAACAACUUACUGGAUACGUUGUGACCACGGAGCGAGCUGGGCUUGUGUCGCCAACAUUUUGCGGACCCUCUAUGAAACUGAAGAUGAGAGCAGCUCGCCAAGACGCAAUGGGACCUCGGGUAUUUUACCAAUGUGCUCUAUAUCUGUUCACUGAUCACACAACCUAACGCACAGCGCGUCUCCACCGAUUACAUUCUCUAGGACUAAUGACAUGAUCAACACUUGAAUGCUUCCAAAUUAAGCGUUUUGGAGCGGAAAGGCACACACUAAAAAUUAACCAAGAGAAGAUGCGUUCAGGAUGGAUGUAGCCAAGUUUACCACCGUUACCAAUACCUCACAGGAUACCAACACCUCGAGCGCCCCAAGACCUCUCCCGCAAACGGAGGUGGGCUCCGCGCUCAUAAUCCUUGUGGUCACCGUGAUCAUUCUGGUCACCAUCGUCGGUAACGCGCUGGUCAUCGUGGCCGUGCUCACCAGCCGGGCUCUGCGCGCCCCCCAGAACCUUUUCCUGGUGUCCCUGGCGUGUGCAGACAUCCUCGUGGCGACACUGGUCAUCCCGUUCUCCCUUGCCAAUGAGGUCAUGGGUUACUGGUACUUUGGGAGCACCUGGUGCGCCUUUUAUCUGGCACUGGACGUCCUCUUCUGCACCUCCUCCAUAGUCCACCUGUGCGCCAUCAGUCUGGACCGCUACUGGUCAGUCACCAAGGCCGUGAGCUACAACCUGAAGCGGACCCCCAAGCGAAUCAAGUCCAUGAUAGCCGUGGUGUGGGUCAUCUCCGCCGUCAUCUCCUUCCCACCUCUCAUCAUGACCAAGCACGACGAGCAUGAGUGUCUGUUAAACAACGAGACCUGGUACAUCCUAUCUUCUUGCCUCGUGUCCUUCUUCGCCCCGGGCCUCAUCAUGAUCCUGGUGUACUGUAAGAUCUAUAAAGUGGCCAAGCAGCGCUCCUCCACUGUGUUCGUGGCUAAGAACGGCCUGGAGAGGCAGCCCUCUCAGUCGGAGACGUGCUUCGUGAGGAAGGAGCGGAUGGAGAUGGAGAGCCCCAGUAGCCAGAGCUCCGAGGACCACCACAGGCAGGAGGAGCUGGAUUAUAUCGACUUAGAGGAGAGCUGCUGUGCGUCGGACAACAAACCACGGAACCACCGAUUCUCCAAGCGUAGGAAGGUGGAGGUCUCGGACUGCUGCCCGCGACAGAGCUGCCGCCUCUCCUGGGCCUCAGCGCGCGCCUCACAGCUCUUCCAAGACCCCCAAAACGCUACCAACGCGACCCUGGUGGCCCAGCGACAUCACCUCGCGGCCCAUCGGCAUCACCUCGCUGCGGCUGCGUCCAAGACCAAAGUGGCCCAGAUGCGCGAGAAGCGCUUCACGUUCGUGCUGGCCGUGGUGAUGGGGGUGUUCGUGCUCUGCUGGUUCCCUUUCUUUUUCACAUACAGCCUGCACGCGAUCUGCAGGGAGAGCUGCUACAUACCCGGCGCGCUCUUCAACGCCUUCUUCUGGAUUGGCUACUGUAACAGCUCAGUGAACCCUAUCAUAUAUACCAUUUUCAACAGGGAUUUCCGUAAAGCCUUUAAGAAAAUCGUAUGCCGGACUUCAAAACGCACUAAUACCACUUGAAAAGAAGGGUCACUUUGAAGCUGUGACUGACUGACUGUGCGUCACUGCUCAUCGAAACAGACGUCAGUUCUUCACCCAAGCACGCAUCCCUGCACCUCUGAAUGACUAUAUCCGUUCCAAAAGGAACGUUUUUAUUUAUUAAUAAUAAUAAUAAUAAUAUGAUAUCAAAAUAUCUCGUGUUGUGCGCUAAUGUGUGAAUAUUAGAAACAAUGUACAGAGGAAAUAGGAUAUAUUAAACAAAAGCUAAAUAGA